AUGGAGAAGCAAGGCGGCCAGCAGCAGCAGCAGCAGGCGCAGGCGCAGGGGCAGGCGUACGCAGCGGCCGCGGGGGCGGACGGCGCGCGGGGGGCGGACGCGGCGGCGCGGCUGUCAGUGCUGCAGGCGUUCAGGGACCGAGCAAAGGCAACCCCGGAGCCCGGGCCCCCGCCGCCCGCGUUCAGCGGACUGCCCGGCCUCCUGCGAUUUGGUUCUCAACGGACCACCACGGCAGAUUCCGAGCCUUUCCUCAUAGGCACGCGCCCCGCGCGCGGAACAACAGACGCCAGCGAGGCGCUCGGUGAUCUAGGGGCCGACGCCGGCGAUGAUCUGGGCGAUCUGAAGAUCGGAGUCCUCGGGUUUGAGGCCAGCAGGGCAGACUUGGGCGACCCGGCUUGGCCGAGCAGCGCUGGAGCUGGCACCCGCCGCCGCAACCGCACGCACGGGGCUCGCGGCGGCCAGGGCGGCAGCGGGGCCAGCAGCAGCAGGCAUGGAGGCGGCGGGGACGACGCGGGGGGCGACAGCGACAGCACCGUCGCCGGCCGCAUCGCCCAGCGGGCGCGCUUCCUGUUUGGGGGCUCCGCAUCGCCCUCGAUCGGGGGCUCUGAAGCCGGCUGCGCGGAGGGCGGCACUGGUGCAGGUGCCCUCCUUGCAGGAGAGGGGUCGCAGGGCGGCCUGGGGUACGCGGAGGCGGCGCCCUCCCUGCCAGCCGCAGGCACGCAGCAGGUGUGGCAGCCGCAGGAGCCGGCGCAAGACAUGCAGCAACAGCAGCAGCAGCAGUGGCAGCCUGAGCAGCGACAGCAGUGGCAACAGCGGCGGCGCGACAGCAAGCGGCGGUCAGACGCCGGUGGGGGGGCCGACGGCGGCGGCGGCGCUGACAACCAGCGGAGGGCGGCCCUGGAGGCUCAAAAUCACGUGUCAUGCGAGGAGAUCGUUGUUCAGUUUGAGGCGGCCCUCGCAGACCCCAAGACCCGCCGCGACCUCGCGCGGGCGCUCAGCCCGCAGAGGGCCCCCCUGCCUGUGCCCGCGCCCACGACGGGCGCGCCAGUGGCUCGCGAUCCUUGCCACCGGCCGGGCCGGGGCGCUGCGGAGGGCGAGGGGGGCGGGGCUUGGGCGCCGCUGGUGCAAGGCGACAGCUACAGCAUUAUCAGUGCCGUGCUGCAUAAGCGCCUCUCCGCCCAAGCCGCGGCCGCCGCGGCGGCCGCCGCCGCGCUGUCGCCGCCACACGGCGCAGCUGCAGGGCCGGCGUCGGCCCCGGCGCUGGCAGCGGCGUCGCCCGCGGCCGGCGUCGGCCCUGCGGCCGACCUGCCAGAUGUGACCCGCCACCUGCUGCCUCCUGCCCCGACGCCGCAGCCCCUGAGGUCGCCGACGGAGGCGGCGCCUGUGCCCCAGCAGCAGCAGCAGCAGCAGCAGACUUUCCAUGCUUGGCCUGACGCCGGGGACGGCCCCGGCGCCCGUGAGACAAGCGGUGGCGGGUCCGCAAGGAGCGGCGCGGCCGGCAGCGCCGCAUUCUCUGCGGAGACGUCACGCCUCGCAACAAUGGCCGGCCCCGCAGGCUUCGCCGCGCCCACUGCUGAGUCGUCCGUCGCCUCGGUCCAGGGGCCGCCAGGGCAGCUGUCCAGCCGCGCGAGCGCCGCCGGCGCGGCGGGGGCUGGCGAGCGCCCGCAGCGCCUGGAGGCACUGGAGGCGGAGGUGCACGCGCUGAGGGCGGCGCAACAGCUCGCGGCCGCGGGGGCGGCGGCGGCAGGGACUGGGGAGGAGCGGGACCGUCGGCCGAACGAGCCUGCAGCACGUGCGGGCUCUGGCACACAGCCGCAGUGGGGGCCGGAGCAGCAGCAGCGGCAGCAGCAGCAGCAGCAGCAACAGCAGCAACAGCAGCAACAGCAGCAGCAACAGCAGCAACAGCAGCAGCAGCAGCAGCAGCAGCAGCAGCAGGCGGCGCACACAGACCAACUGCUGGAGCUUCUGUGUGCCGCCCAGCACGCCGCGCACGGAGAGCAGGCCGAACUGUCGUCAGCGCUGGCGAUGCAGCUGGCACGAGGCAUAGAGGAGGGCGUGGCGCACCUGAAGGAGGCGCUGCCGCCGCUGAUCCUGGGACACCUUAGCCCGCGGCAGCACGGCCUGCAGGCUCGCCCGCUGGAGAGCUCGGGAGCGGCGCGCCCAUGCCGGCGGCGCGACGGCGACGCACGCGUGCUUGCGCGGCGGCGCCGCCAGGGGGCUGCUCGCCACCACCGCCACGCGGCCGGUGGCGGGGGCCACGACAGCAGCAGCACCAGCAGUAGCGGGGGAUCGAGCCCAUCAGACGCAGACGACGAGGCCGCAGCAAGCCUCCUGGAGUCGGCGGCGCGGCACGCGCAGCUGGUGGGCAGCGAUACGGCUGGCUUGGGGUUCGGCCACAGCCACCGCCUGCCCGCACAAGGGCAGGCACAGGAGCAUAGGGCGGGCACGAUACAAGGAUGGCAAGCCUUACGACAGCAGCAGCAGCAGCAGCAGCAGCAGCAGCAGCAGCAGCAGCAGCCGUCUUUGCAGCAGGAGCCAUCGGCAGGCGGCAGCUCUCUCGCGGGCUCAAUCCUUACGGUUUCCGAGGAGCAGGCGGCCAACGAGGUGGCUCGCCUCACCGCUGAGCUGUCGCAGCUGCGGGCGGCCGUCCAGCUUAAGCUGCUGCGCGUCGCAGCGCACGCGGCCCAGCUGGAGGGGGACCCAACCGGUCAGGAGCGCGUGCGGCUGGUGGGGCUAAUCGCCAAGGCGGAGGCUGACCUGGCGGAGCGGCAGCUGGAGGGGCGCCUCCAGCAAGCCCAGGAGCGCCUCGCCCUCGCGCGCUGGAUCGGCGCUCUUAAGGGGUCCCACGCCGCCGCGGCAGCAGCCGCCCCCGUCCCCGCCGCCGGCACGGCAGCGCCCGCUGCGGCGGCUGGCGCGCGCCCUGACGUCGACGUUGGCGCCGCCGCCGAAGCUCCUGCAGCCCGGCUCGCGUCGGGCGCUGGCGGCGGCGGCGUUGAGGUGGGCGACGGCUUUGCAGCCGCCAGCCUGCGGAAUGGUGCUUGUGACGCUGCAGGUGCUGCAGGUGCUGCAUUCCCGCCCCCAGAGAGAGCCGAGUCGCCGCCUCUGGCACGCGCCAACCCCGACGCGCCCGCGCCGGCGCAGCAAGGCGCCGACGGCGCGGCCGCGCCCGCGCUGCGGCCGCGGCGGCUGUCGCUGCAAGACAGCCUGGAGGAGCAGGAGGCGCGCGUGUUUGCGCUGCAGCGGCUGGUGGCGCAGCGCCAGCGCGACGCGCGCAAGGCUCAGCUGGCGGACCAAGAGAAGGAGCUGCUGCGCCAGCUGGCGCGGCUGGAGGGCGGAGGCAAGGCCGCAAAAGACGUGGAGAGGGUAGCUCCUACGCCGUCGCAGCAGCAGCAGCAGCACCAGCACCAGCAGCAGCAGCAGCAGCGUGAUUGGUAUGCCGAGGUUGAAGCGAAGCGCGUCAUCAAGGCCGGUGAUUGCGCCCUGCGGGAGGAGGCAGCCGCCGCGGCGGCGGUGGCGGCAGCGGACAUGGCUGCGCUCGCGGCAAUCGAGGCGCUCGGCCAGGUGGAGGGUCAACAGGAGGUCCUUGAGGCGCGCGAUGAGGGGCGGCCAAUCGCGGGGCGCGAGUGGGACUGGCGCCAGUGGCGCCAAGCGAGCGCUCAGCCCCUUGAGUCUCCGCACGCGGAGCGCCCGCCGCGUGCUGACGGCGUGCCACGCGCCGUCGCGGGUGCGCCCGCAACCGGCAGCGGCGGCGCGGGCAAGCCGCCGCGAGUGCCUGCGCCCGUGGCCGUGCCGCGGCGGCUGUCGGAGAGGAGCCGCCUGUGGGGGGAGAUGGUUGCGGAGCUCGAGGAGCUCUUCAGGCGGCGCCGGGCUGCAGGCACGGCCGAGGAAGGUGCCGCGGCUGAACACGACAUCGCCGGCGUCGCGCGGGCGGGCGAGGCGCACGCGGUGUUGGCGGGUGCGGUCGGCGGCGGCGCUCUGGACGACCUUGUGGCGCAAGCGGCGGCGGCGGCGAGCGCGCGCUUGCAGGCGCCCGGCGGCGAGCCUCGGGGCGGCGCAGAGGACUGGCGGGCGUGGCGGCGGCAGUGGCAGCAGCAGCACCAGGUUGCGGGCGGCGACGGCUCCGCAGCGCAGGCGGGGCUGGGCGGGGCGGACGGGCGAGCCUGGGCACAGCCGAAGGAGCAGCAGCCAAGCGCGGCGGAGGAGCAGGCAGCGGUGCGGCACCUUCGGCGAGAGCUGUCAGACCGGUCGCGGCUGUGGGGGCUCAUGGUGCAGGAGAUGCAGGAGUGGUUUGAGGCACGCGAGCGCCGCGGCCACUCCGCGGUCGAGGCCGCCGGCGCCGAGGCCGCCGGCCGGCUUGCGGAACCGCCGGCGCGCGCGGUUGCGGCACAGGAGUUGGCGGGACUGGAGCCACCUGCGGGCGGCCCUGUGCGUGCAAACGGUGCGGCUUCGGGCGACCUGCCAGUCUCUGCUCAUGCCUUGGCCGUCCGGGCGGACGCAGCCGCGGCAGAGGCAGACGCAAGCGCGCCGCAAGCAGCCGCGGCGCCGCAGGCGCCAGCACCCGACGCCGCAGCGGCCGCAGCGCAGGCAGGCACAGCCGCAGUUGCCGCUGCGCCCGAGGCAUCGGCCUUGCCGCCGUCGCAGGAGGCAAGCCGCGGCCCCGCGCAUGGGGCGGCCGAUGUUUUGCCCUCUGCUGCCGCAUCUCCUGGGAGCGACGCAGCCCUCGACCUGCUUCUUGCCCAGGGCCAGCGAGCCCUCGCAUGCGACGGCCCAGCGCCCUCCCCCAUGCGCGAGGUGGCGGAUGGGGAGGCAGUGCACUCCCGGGCGCGGACGGAGGGCGUGGAGACGCUGAUGCCGGCGGCGGCGGCGGCAGCAGCGGCGGCCUGGGAGGUGCCAAUAAAGAUUGCGGGCACGCUGCAGCCUGCGAGCGAUGCUGUGGAGUUCUGGGCGCCGCCAGAGCAAGCGGAUGGGGAGGAGGAGGGGUCGGUGCAGGGGCAGAUGGAGGAUGAAGCAGAGGUGCUGCUGCAGCACCUUGCACCCCAGCAGCAGCAGGAGUGGCAGCAGCUGCAGAUGCAGCAGCAGCAGCAGGAGCAGCAGCAGGAGGAGCUGUUGCGGCAGGAGCAGCAGCAGGAAGAGCCGCUACGGCAGCCGCAGCAGCAGCAGGAAGAGCUGCUGCGGCAGGAGCAGCAGCAGGAAGAGCUGUGGCAGCAGCAGCAGCAGCAGCAGCAGCAGCAGCAGCGAGAAGAGCUGCUGCGGCAGGAGCAGCAGCAGGAAGAGCUGCGGCAGCAGCAGCAGCAGGAGGAAAAGCUGCUGCGGCAGGAGCAGCAGCAGGAAGAGCUGCGGCAGCAGCAGCAGCAGCAGCAGCAGCAGCAGCAGCAGGAAGAGCCGCUGCAGCAAGAGCAGCAGCAGCAGGCCGCCGCCAGUGAGCCCAGUGUUCCCGAGGAGAUCCUUGCGGCUGCAGCGUCCGAGGCCGGCGCGGUAUCCGAGGAAGAGCUGCCGGCUGCCUCCUCGUCCCUGCAAACGCUGUCAGCUGCGUCAGUGUCGGCUCUGCCAGAAACAGCUGGGCCCCAGGCAGUAAUAAACGGUGCCCACGCCUCUGCCGGCACGAUUGGCAUCCGCACCGCGCCCGUGUCUGCAGCGCAGUCGGUGGAGCCGUCAUACACGGUGGACGGCUGGGAGGAGGAGGGUGAUGGGUCGCAUGCUGACCUGGCGCAGCUGCUGGCGGCCGUGGAGGUUGUGGCGGCGAGGGCGGCGGCUGAUAAGGGCGAGGCGGAGCAGGCGCGGAAUUCCUCGCGAGGGGGAAGGUGGCGCGAGCCUGCAGCUGGCCAAGCGCUGGCGCCUGAGGCUUCAAGGAGCCCUGCUGCAGCCGUGGAGGAGGGGUCAUCGUUUGCUGUCGCGGUAGAGGAGGAGGACCAGCCGUGGGAGCAGCAGGAGGACGGUGAUGAGCCAAGCUGGAUACCUCAGCUGCUGCAGCAGCAGCAGCAGCAGCAGCAGCAGCAGCACAGAAAGUCUGAAGCAACAACUGCUUCCGCAGCGGCCGCGGCCUCGCUUUCUGAGACGGCGCCGUUGGUAAGGCGUGCUGGCAGCUGUGUUCCGGGCGCAGCAGCAGAGACGACGGCGUCAGAGGCAGAGAGCGGGAGCAAGGGGUGUGAGGGAACCGAGGGUCCGAAGCAGCAGCACGAAGCGCUGGCAGGCGGAGUGGCAAAGCACGAUGCGGAAUGCACAGCGACUGCCGGGGUCCCCCUUGUGCCGCCCCAGGCGGUAGCGCAGCAGGACCAGCAAGAGCACGAGGCAAUCCUGCUGCCGCCUGCAGCAACAGCAGGCACCGCCGACGAGCCUCCGCUCCAGCUGCGCGCCCGGGAAGCUGCGGCGAAGGAGGCGGCGGCCCCUGCGGUGUUGCGACAACAGGGGCGUCUCGGCGGCGCUGUUGACCGCUUGGUGUCAGACACAAUUCAGGCUGUCCUGGGGGAGGCAAUCCAGCAGGCGUUUGAACUGUGCGACCGCCCCCAGCAGCAGCAGCAGCAGCGGCAGCAGCCCCUUGUGUUUGGAAGCAUUGGUGACGACAGCGGCACCAGCACCAGCAGGAGCAGCAGCGCUGCGUCCAGCUGCGGCGUGCUGGAACGCAGCGCGCCAGCGGCGGGGGUGGCAAAGGUCGAGCCAGGUGCGGACGCCGACCUGUUUGCUGCCGUCAGCAUAACUUCUUUUGACGCCGAAGAUCUGCAGUCAGAUCUGGAGGUGUGCGGCGCGCCCUCCACCGUCGCAACAGGAACGUUUGCUGGCCCAGUCAGUGAUACAUCGUCACGCCAGCAGCAGCAGCAGCAGCAGCCCGCCCAGCUGCCGCCAGGCGGCGUCACGGCGCCUGCGGUGGUCUCGGGGGGCUUUUCUCCAGACGCCGGAGAGCCAGCCGCGCCCUCCACGGCGCGGCAGCAGCCCGCGCUGCUCUCCAGGGGAAUCGACCCGAACGGCCUCCCAGGGGACGAGUCAGCCAGCAUCGGUGGCUUCCCCGGGGCAAUGGUCACCCUGCGCCGAGGUGGCCUGGCUGCGUCCAUGGCCGGCAGCGCCCUCGAGGGGGCCGAGGAUGGCGCGGGCGGUGGCGACGAAUGGCCGGGCCUGCCGCAGCAGCUGGAGGCGCCGCCGCCGGUGGAGCGGCAGCAGCCGCUAGAGCAGCAGGCGUCACCCACGCCCGCUGACGAGGACGACGAGUUUGACUGGGGCGAGCCAGUGAUGUCAGACGGGCAGCAGUACGCCAACAGCGCUGCCACCGCCUCCGGCCCGCCCUCACCGCCGCCGUCCGGCCUUCCGGCCGGCCGCCGCACGCCGCCGCAGCCGCCCCCGCGCGUCGACGCGUCCCCCGCGCACGUGGAGGCGUACCUGUCCGCUGUCGCGGACGCCUGGCUGUCGGGCCACGGCGGCGCGCCCCCGCAGUGGCUGGCGGCCGGCAGCGAGCCGCUGAGCCUGGAAGGCUUCCUUGCCUUGGAGAGGUCGCUCGAGGACGCGCGGCGCGCGCAGCGGCCGGCACCGGGCGGCGGGAGCGCGGGGGGCGGGGCGGGCGCGGAAGGCGAGGGGGCGGCGCCCGCUGCGGACGAGGAGGACGACUCGCAGCACAUCUUCCACAAGGCGCUCUAUGAUGCGGCGAAUGAGGCGAUCUGCCGCCUGUACGAGCAGAUGGGGCGCCUGCAGGUGCGUUUUUGGAAUCGUUGA